CCCCGCUCCCGGCCCGGAUGUCGGGGGACGUCACAUCCGGCGGAAGGGGCGGGCCAGCGGGCCCCGGAAGUGUGGGCGCGGGCGGUGGUUUAACCCGCGACGGCGGCGGCGGCGGCGGCGGCCGGGGCAGGAGAACCUGCAUAUCACAGUCCGUUUCUGUGGCACGCGGAGAGGACUGCCGUCGCAGAGCGUACUUGGGGCACCCCGAGGUGGUCAAUGCACUAGUAUAACAAGCAGCAAUGCCCUUGAGCCUGUGAUGUUGAAGCUGCAGAGCUGCUGUGUGUGAAGGGAAGAUGGAGACCCUGAAAGACAAGACCUUGGAGGAGCUGGAGGAGAUGCAAAAUGACCCAGAGGCCAUUGACCGGCUGGCCCAGGAGGCCCCCGAGGUCCAGGACCUACAGCUGGAACGGGAGAUGGCACUGGCCACCAACCGGAGCCUGGCGGAGCGGAAUCUGGAGUUCCAGGGUCCCCUGGAGAUCAGCCGCUCAAACCUCUCAGACAAGUACCAGGAGCUCCGCAAGCUCGUGGAGCGGUGCCAGGAGCAGAAGGCCAAGCUGGAGAAAUUUUCUUCUGCACUGCAGCCAGAGACCUUGUUAGACCUUCUGCAGAUCGAAGGCAUGAAGAUUGAAGAGGAGUCUGAGGCCAUGGCUGAGAAGUUCCUGGAGGGAGAGGUGCCCUUGGAGACGUUUCUGGAAAACUUUUCCUCCAUGAGGAUGCUGUCCCAUCUGCGGAGGGUGCGUGUGGAGAAGCUCCAGGAUGUGAUGAGGAGGCCCAGAGCUUCCCAGGAGCCAGCUGGUGAUGCGCCUUCUCCACGCCCACCACCCCCACCUUGCCCGGCUCCCCCGGUGACACCCCCAGUGGCCGAAGAGCCACCCCCACCACCAUCAGUAGUGCCUCCCUACCCUUUGCCCUACAGCCUGUCUCCUGGCCUACCUGUGGGCCCUACAGCCCAGGGUGCGCUCCCACCGGCCCCCUUCCCUGUGGUGUCCCAGCCUUCCUAUUCCUACAGUGGGCCCUUGGGCCCUCCUUACCCAUCAGCCCACCCGGGAGCCCGGGGUGCUGCAGGCUAUUCCUGGUCCCCACAGAGGAGCACACCACCCCGGCCAGGCUAUCCCAUGGCCCCCACUGCUGCCUCUGGCCCCGGGUACCCCUUGGCAGGGACCCGGGCCCCCAGUCCAGGAUAUCCUCAACAGGCCCCCUACCUCUUGACAGGAGGAAAACCUCCCUACCCAACACAGCCUCAGCUCCUGAACUUCCCAGGCCAGCCCCAGGCCUCAGGGCCCCCUCAGCCCCCUUACCCCCCAGGGCCCACCCCUCCCUAUGGCUUUCCACCACCUCAGGGUCCGACCUGGCCGGGGUACUAAACACAGUCCUGGCCCUCAGCCCUCCUCUACUUCCACCUGUACCACAACCUUUGGCCUGCCUCCCACUGAGAUUCGAGGUUAAAUUGGAAGCAGACUGGGGCACUCCUUGUGGACUUGUGUCAGGACACAGGGGCCUUGGGGGGACCUGGUUGGGAGUGUGUGGGCCUGGAAAGGCAACCAGGCAAUGUGCUGGCCAGUCACAGACUUAGCGGCCCCUGCGGGGAAGGAAACACUUCUUUUCAGCCACUGGCUUCAGCUUUUCUGGUGCUCUCCAGGUGGGGGGUUCAGAACCUCUUUGUGGGUGUCCGUGUCAGAGACCAGCUACACGUGUUUGUAGGCGUCUACUUGUGCCUGCACUCACAGACACUGGAACCAGAUGCAGUUAUCUCAGUGACGAGGGGGCUGGUGUCCUGGCCCCUGCUCACCCCCUCCUUCCCUCCUGGGACUUAGGACGUUCAGUCUGAUGCUCAGGGCCAUGGAUGCAACUCUGUGUCUGUCUGGUCCUUUCAAGGUUGGCCUGCCCCACGCACAUGGCUGGAGUUGGAUCAGGGCGAGGGAACAGUUAGGAAAAACACUUAGUAAUUUUUUUUUUUACACUUAGUAAUUUUUAAGUCCCGUAAAGCCAUAACUGAACUCUGAUAGGCCAGUGUCAGAUAAGUGUGUCCUCUGUUGCUGGUUUGAACGAUGGCAGUGGAGCCAGAGCAGCGAGAAAGCUGGGGAUUGUGAAGGUGGACCCAAGACCUUCCUGGCACUGGUUGGAGAAUGUGGGGGUCGCCUUGCCUGGGGAGGAGGGAGCAGCUCUGGCCCAGGAGGUCGUGGUCACCCUGGACUCACUUAGGAAUGGAAGGCCAGUCACCUUCCCAGCCACCCUCUCUUCUCUGGGGCCCAUUGACUUGUGGGGUCCCCUCCCUCCCCAUCCAUCCACUCCUUUAGUGCCUUGAAUCUCAUCGCAGCCGCACCCCCGCCCACUUCAUCUCCUCCCUCUGGCUCCCUAGUCUUAUUGCCCCAACCCCAGCACCCCUCCUCAGACAGACAGCAGGGGGUGCCCAGACAGGGACCUCCCACACGGUGCUUUCUCAGACACCAUUGCUCUGUUGGACGGAGUCCAUUUCUUUGCUUCUCUCGCGUCUUUGGAAUGUAAAGGGCAGAAAUUGUGACUCCGUGCCACAUGUAGCCCCAGCACACUGGGGCUUUUAAGCGUGUUCAGUAAUAAAAGACAAUAGACCAAAGGGAUGUGAUGAAUGAAGCAUUAACUUGGUUGUUCCAGAUGGGAACCAAUCUCCAGGGCAGAUUCUGGAGCUGCUAUCAGCUAUAUGAAGUCAUAUGUGCCUUGAAAUGUCCACUACUUGAGUUCCUAGCAUCUAGUGGGCCUGGGGUGCUGGGGGCCCCCGAGGAAACUCGACCUUCUGGUGCCUGCCCCCUGGCCCUGGCCUGCAUGCCAUCAGUGGGUACUCGCCAUGAGAUGCUCCAUUUACACGUACGCUGUCGGUUCCUUGCCAAUUGUGCUUGCUUCUUGUAAGUUAUUUAUAAAGAGAAAUCACUAAUGGACUCUACUGGUUUGGGAGCUUCUGGAACUGUGUGACAGAUUGCUGGUAUGUUUGUAUAAUUAGUUGCCAUAAUAAACUUCAGUGAGUUACAGAU